AUGUUUCAUUAUAUUUCAUUAAUCAAGUCUGACCUCAUAAUAAGAUCACAAACUACUAAUGAUACGGAUGGAGAUAACUACAAACUACGAAGACGGAAAUUGUCCUUUCAAAGUGAAAUAGAGAAAGAUUAUUUCAAAGAGAAUGACCAGAGUGAUCCUGAACCCUCAGGGGACACCACCAGAUACUAUCAAUCUAUUAAGAAACACUUAGAGGAGAAAAAAAGUGGGUCAUCAUCUUUUGUGUCCUCCAUUGAAGAAGAGCAAAAGCCCCUGUUCUCUGGCAUAGCUGAUUACCCACCUGUUACAGAGAAAAACACAGAGGCGGACUUUGAAGAAAUAGUGCAUGCCACAGAAGAAAUUCUUAUUGACAAAAGAAGCAAUUCUUGCCAAGAUAUCACUGACAAAAGAGACUGGGAGCAGGAGAACAUCGAAGAGUACCAGGACUCACCAACUCAGUCAGCAUUACCCCAUGUUACAUGGGGCAUCUGUGAAACUGAAAGUGAUUUCAUAUAUGGGGAAGUGGAGAAUCGAUUAGAUUUACUUCAGGAACAACUCAACAGGCUCGAAUCCCAAAUGACUGCUGAUAUCCAAACCAUCCUGCAGCUUCUGCAAAGGCAGUCAGUGCUCAUUCCACCUGCCUAUAGCAUGGUGACGGCAGGUGCAGAAUAUCAACAGCCAACAAUCCGGGUGAUACAAAAGCUUCAGCCUGCAGCAUCCAUUAAAACAGACAGAAGUUUCAGUCCUUCAUCUCAGUGUCCUGAAUUUCUAGACCUUGAAAAAUCAAAACUUAAAUCCAAAGAAUCCCUCUCAAGUGGAGUGCAUCUUAACACAGCCUCAGAAGACAACGUGGCUUCUUUUUUAGAUCAAGAACGUGACCAGUCUGUAGAGUGUCCCCCACAGCAUUGUAAAACUUAUCUCCAGCCAAUUAGGCACCCUUCCUUGCCAGAAUCUUCACUAAGCACUGUAGGGAUCUUGAGUCUUCAUAGGCAUGUUUCUGAUCCUGGUCUUCCUGGGAAAUAAUACUUUUAUACUAUUAUAAAACAUAAAAAUGUAAGUGCUUUUAAUGGCUGUUUUUCCUUUUUUUUUUUUUUUUUUUUUUUAUUUAAAUCCUCUAUACUUGACUCAGGGGCUACAAGGAAUAUACCAUUAUAUGCAAAAGUACUGUAUAUUUUCCUAAAUCUGAAGCUUGUAAGGUAAAGUUGGGCAGUUCUGAUGUAAAUAUAUAGAUAUACACACACUAACUGUAUGUUCCAAAUGUAAAACUGCCAGCAUUCUCAAGGCACCUUAUAUAUUUUUUUUUUAAAUAACAUGCAUGUUCUGAAAUUACAGUUUAAGUUGCAUGGAGAUUACCAUUUACUGCUGUCAUGGAAAUAGUAUUUUAUUAUGGACAUGUCUUCAGGGCACAUAGGAGACCAAUAACAAUAAUUCCCAUAGAAAAACCUCCUACCUGACCAAGCUAAAAUUCAAGCAAAAUCUUCUAGCUCACUUUUGAAAAUUGAUUUCUCUUUCCUGUAGUGAGCUUUUUACACUAAAUCACAAUGAUUCUAAAACUAGAGAAAUAAUAAGGUAACCAAGUCGUCUGGGCUUGAAACAAUUAGGACAGAGAAACCAGCCUCCUUCCAAACCAGUUGAAGUAGGGCAGUAUUUUAAGAGACAGAACAACUCUGCCACAUCCUGGAAAGUAUCACCAUAGGUCGCAUCCACAAAACUGUGUUAAUUGAAUAAUUUGUUUCCCAUACUUUUCUUUUUUUAAAAAAUAAUUGCGUCAUAGAAGUUAGCUGUCAUGAGCAGGCAGGUACUCUUUAUCUGUCACACAAACAUAAUCAAAUGCAAUAAAUCUGAUUUCUAUAUAAUGCAGAAGACUCUGUUCCUUUUUUGCUCAAUACAAAUGAAUAAUCUGUUUAAUUAAAAUACAUGCAUUUUUGUUUUAUAAAAUUAGGGUGGUCAUUUGCAGUUAUCUGUUUUUACUGACUGGCUCCUCUACAAUGAUCCUAGAUAGGGUAUAUAUGUAUGUGGACA